GGCACCCGUUCAGCUGUGUAUCAUUAAGACGUGGAGUUAAUUGGAGUGCUAUUGCGUUCACCUGACAAACCACGCGACAGCAGUGAAAGCCCUUAGCAGCUGUGUAUCGUGGCCGUGGUCCCGAGACAUUGCAUCUGACGGUUUUGCGGACCGCGCGGAAUGGUUCUGGCUUUAUUGCCUUGGAUGGGACGCUCAGGCAGUGAUCACUGAUUACCAUCAGCAGCAAGAGGUGCUGCUGCAGAUAAGGGUCUUGUGGUAGGAGCGCAAUACCCGAUUAUUGGAAGCUCUAAGUAGAUACAUGGAAGGGAUUUGGACUAUUAAAUAGGCUCAGAUUGCAUCUCUAAAAGCUAAGAGGAGAAAGCUGGUCUACUUUGUGGAAAAUUAAAUGGUACGAGGGGUUACUGCACUUGACAAUCGUACCGUUUUUUUAUCCAAUAGUGAAAAAAGAAAUCGAUGUAAGCCAGGAAAAGGCAAGUUGAAGCUUUCUGUGGCAGAGCAUGAGACUGCAGUCUAUUCUAAUUAUGUUUAACAUGAUUGGGAACUGAUGAUCGCUCCAUCUGGUCACACCUGGGUACUGACAGGCUCCAUUUUGGUUUCUGUGAUAUUUAGACAAUUUUUGCUUACGGACUGAAGGGCUUAUAUUGGUGCUUUAAUGAAGGGCAGAUCUUGAAACUUCUUGCACCUACUUAAAUUGCUACCUGCUCCAUAGGCGGCGGAUUCAUUUGACAACCAUACAAUGUGUUAUCCCAUGAAGCUCCCAACUGCAAUCUGAUGAGUCUGGCCUCAGGGUUGAAGGCAAUGGUUCCUGAAUGGGGCUGAACUGUAUCUACUGGAAUAUGCACCACACAGACCGCACUGCUGAUAUAUUCAUAGUGGACUGUUGUAAAGGGCAGAUCCCAAGGCAGUAUAGUGACACUGUGGAGAGGCAUGGUGACAACUUUCAAAAUUGCCAUUCUUGGGGCCCAAGGGGUCGGCAAAACAGCUAUUGUCCGCCAGUUCCUUUACAAUGAGUACAGUGAAGUCUGUGUGCCUACCAAGACCCGCAGGCUAUUUCUGCCUGCUGCUGUUAUGAAUGGCCAUGUGCAUGAUUUGCAGAUCAUGGACUAUCCUCCUAUUGCGUCUUUUCCCGUGAACACUUUACAGGAAUGGGCAGAUGCCUGUUGUCGGGGGCUUCGCAGUGCUCAUGCAUAUGUCCUGGUGUAUGACAUCUGCUGCUUUGACAGCUUUGAGUAUGUCAAAACUAUCCGUCAACAGAUACUGGAUACAAGAGUGAUUGGAACAACGGAUAUCCCCAUCAUUAUUGUAGGGAACAAACGGGACUUGCAGAAAGGCAGGGUUAUUCCACGACAUAAUGUCUCCAACCUGGUUAAGAAGACCUGGAAAUGUGGCUAUAUCGAGUGUUCUGCCAAGUACAACUGGCACAUCCUCAUGCUGUUCAGUGAGUUGUUGAGAAGCAGUGGGUGUGCACGCUGCAAGCACAUACAUACAGCGAUCCGUUUUCAGGGAGCAUUGCGCAGGAACCGCUGCAGUAUUAUGUAAUCUUUUAUCAGCUCUUCCAAUGAUUCACCAAUUCCUUUUCUUGAAAUUUCAUGAAGGGGGGAUGAAAGUAUUGGAAAUGCUCUUUCAGACUAGCAGGAAGGUCUUCAUUCCUUAAAGUGUGUCUGCCUGAUGUCAGAAAAGUUUUCAUCCUGUUGAUCUACCAACACAAAAGAGCUUUUGCCUUUUUGAAGCAACUAUAUUUGUCAUUAAUUACCAAGUUAAAGAAAACUGAACUUGGCUUGCUUCUCUCAACAUAUAGCUCUUGUACAUCAUCGCCAAAAAGCCUGACUGCUACUUUCUGAGCUUGAACCACUAAAUGAAAGGUUACCCACAGUAGUCCUUACUAAACAAAAGGUGUCUUAUAUAUUAUCAAAUGAUGCCAUUUUCAUAGCUCAGAUUCUUAAAAAAAUAUUUUUGAUAAUACUCAUUUUCUGCAUAUGUCAUUAUUCCUUAUCGUAUGUUAAUGAACCGACAUUUUCAAGAUAUCCCCUGUGAGCUUUACAGCACAGUGUGGUAAGUGAAGGGCUACUAACUGGGAUAGAUUUGGAUAGUAACUCAGGCUUUUGGCUUUUUAUUGUAGCGUUGUUUUGCCUGCUGGAUGUUAAGGUUCAGUAAGUGCAUUAGAAUUAGAGAAUGGACAAAUGUGCAUAUUAGUCCAUCAGGUGUACAAACAAGGUGAUGGUUAAUGUGAGCAAGAAUGUGUUAGUUGCUUCCACAGUGAAUUAUCUCACAAGUACAGGACAGUCUGUGUUAGUUUAUGCUGGUCAGUUACUUGACAUUCAUGGCUAAAGGCUGGACACCAUUACUCUUCUUUGUAUUUACAGGGUGAUGCAAUAAAUGAACUGAAUUUUCUGACAUUGUUUUCUAUACAAUCAAUACUGUAUUUUGUUAAUUAGGGAAAUCAUUAACCUAACUUGUCAGGUGAGUCUGUCAUGUGGAAAUCAAGAGAAAGCAUAUGUAAAUGCUUCUUUGAAAACAAAUAAAGCAUUGUACUGUA